CUUCAGAAUCUCUACGCCACCAAGCCAGCCGCCCGGAACCGUCCCAAAACGGAAAACUUCAAAUCCUACGAGUCCCUUGGCAAGAUAAACCAGCCAAUUUGGCGGGAACAACUCCCCACCGAAAGGGGCCUCGGUCCGAUCGCGGACGAGUGUCCCAAAGAGAGCACCUACAAGAACCCGGAAUACUUCUCCUAUCACAACUACACCUUCUACAACCUGGCGAUGGCCAUGCAGUGUAUGUACCAGCCCCAGCCGAAUGCCCUGGAGGAUCGAAACCUGGCCGAGCAGACCACCAAGAGUUGUUACGUCGUGGAGGUGAAGCCGUGGGACGAUGGAACGAGAAAGAAGAACCCGCCACCGAGUUGCGUGGAAGAGGAUUGUAAAGAGGACUCCAAGGAGGGGAAGGAGGAUGGCGAAGCUCGGGACGAGAAGUCAGUUUGUCAAGAAGCUAAGAUUGAAGAAAGACCGAAUUGUGGUUCUGACAAGAAUGAGACGAAAAAUUGA